UAUGUCUGCAUUUUCGAAAUUAGACACUGCAAAAAUAAGAAUGGACCUGAUACCAGUGCACGAUAUUUGUUAAAAUCUAAAUAAUUAUCUUGGCACGACAACACUGUCCAUCCAUGGGUUCUUUCAGACUUAAUUAGACUACUGUCUAAACAUUCUUUUGUUGAAACUGCGUGCAUCCGGGAUCUGACCUCAACCAUCAAACAAUUACGAGCGCGAGUUGGUUCUUACACACACACUUCUUUCUGCGAGUGCGACAGGGCUGUGUGAAGGAAACAGUGAGCGCCUAUGUCUCCGAACAGAAGGCAGGCUUUCCUCUUUUUCCCACUUUUAGAUUUGGAGGGGCUCUGGCAGCCUAUAGGAUCAGUUAUAUUACAGGACCUGGGGUGAAUAUCGACCCCACACAUGCUGCCGUUGAACUACCUUCCAAACUCUGUGAACUACCUACUGGGGAUAACUGAUCCUGUAGGGCUGAAGCAGGAUCUUGUGUCGGCACGAGAACACAUCUAGAGGUACUUAAAAAGGGAAGAAGCUGUUGAUCAACAAGAGUUUGUGCAGAGGUCAUGUCAACGACUCUUCGGUGACCAGUACAGCACAUUGUCUAUCACCAAGCUAACACCAUGAAGUUCGAGAGCAUUCUCUCAGAGAUCAAUGGGUUUGGAAAGUUCCAGCUCAUGAUCGUUCUUAUCCAGUCGGUAUCACGCAUCACCCUGCCUGCUCAUUUCCUGUUGAAUAUUUUCAUAGCGGCUGUGCCGUCUCACCAUUGUGAUACUGAUAGCUGGCUUGCAGAAGAUCUUGUCUUUAAGAACCUGACUCUUGACCAGAGGUGGAAUGUUAGUUUUCCAGUAGAGGAGGAUGGGGCACCAUCGUCCUGUCUCAUGUACUCAAAGCCCCAGUACCACCUACUCUUCAAUAACUCCAACACCACCAACCCUACCACGGAACCAUGCAAAGGAUGGGUUUAUGACAACAGCACAUUCAAAAGCACCCUGGCCACAGAGUGGGAUUUGGUAUGCUCAAACAAGGGGAUGAACAAAGCCACAGCCACCAUCUUUUUCAUUGGCAUCAUGAUGGGAGCUCCAGUCUUUGGUCUCCUUAGUGACAGGUUUGGCCGGAGGCCUUUGUUGAUGGUGUCCUACCUCUUGACUAUGCUCUUCUCGGUGGUUAGUGCACUCUCCACCUCCUAUGUGAUGUUUAUGAUCAUGCGCUUCCUCACUGGUUUCACCAUCACUGGGAUCAGCAUCAUCUCCAUCGUGCUCAGUGUGGAGUGGUUCGACGUUGAGCACAGGACGUUUGCUGGCAUCAUAGUGAGCCUGGACUGGACCAUAGGGAACCUGAUGCUUGCUGGGGUGGCGUGGCUGGUUAAUGAUUGGCGCUGGCUAAUCAUCGCAGUUACAUCCCCUCUCCUUUUGUCCGUAGUUCUGUGGUGGUGGCUGCCAGAAUCGUCCCGCUGGCUGAUAACUCGUGGGAAAGCAGAACAGGCUCAUGUGUAUCUGCAGAGAUGUGCCGAGAUGAACAAAUGCAAAGCUGACUUCACACCAGAGACUUUGGCCAAUGCAGUGACUGUGGAGCGGGACAGGAGGUAUACUGUCGUUGACUUGCUGAAAACUCCUAACAUCCGGAAAUUAGCCAUUUGUACUGGAAUAGUGUGGUUUGGUGUGGCUUUUACCUAUUAUGGAAUCAGUCUCAAUGUUACUGGCUUUGGCCUCAACAUCUACAUCACCCAGUUCAUCUAUGCCUUCAUCGAAAUGCCCGGGAAGAUCGGUGUUUACUACUUUCUCAAUAAAAUUGGACGAAGACCUGGUCAGGUGUGGACCCUGCUUCUGACGGGUGUCUGCCUGAUCAUUAACAUGUUUGUGCCUUCAGGUUUCUGGAUUGUCCGCACUGUGGUGGCUGUGCUGGGGAAGGGUCUGUCUGAAGCUUCCUUCACCAUAAUGUUCUUGUACACAACCGAACUGUACCCAACUGUAGUCAGACAGAAUGGAAUUGGAUACACCUCCUUCAUUGCUCGGAUGGGUGUAGCCAUUGCGCCUCUGAUAAUCUUAUUGGAGGAUGUGUGGAAGCUCCUCCCAGAUGUGGUGUUCUGUUCUGUUGCUGUCCUGGCUGGAAUUGUCGCAUGUCUUCUCCCAGAGACACGUGAUGCUCGUCUGCCUGAAUUCAUUGAGGACAUUGAAGAAUCAAGGUGGUUCCCAGAAUCAGCAAGGUGGUUAAUUGCCAGUGGGCAGCUGAAGAAGGCCCAGUUUUACCUUCAGAAAAGUGCCAAGAUGAACCAGAGAGAGGUUACCUCAUCAACCAAAGCAGAGAAUCUCGCCUUCAUCGUGGUGAAAGAGAAAGGAAGUAGGAAGUACUCGUAUUUGGAUCUAGUUAGGACUCCCAAGAUGAGAAAACUGGCAAUGUUAACAGGCAUGACAUGGUUUGGAGUGGCAGCAACAUCCUAUGGGAUCGGUUUUAAUAUCACAGGAUUUGGAGUAGAUUUUUACCUCACCCAGUUCAUAUAUGCUGUUACUGAACUUCCUGCCAAACUCUCAGCGUACUACCUGCUGGAAAAGUUUGGCCGUCGCAAGACUGAAGCUGGUUCUCUCCUAAUUACAGGUGUCUGUCUAGGCAUCAACAUAUUUAUAUCCAAAGAUCGCAGAGUGGUUCGAACUAUAGUCGCAGUUCUGGCUAAAGGUUUUUCUGCUGUGUCUUUUUGCACAGUGGUUCUGCACAGCUCAGAGCUCUAUCCCACAGUAAUCAGGCAAAAUGGAAUAGGGUACAACUCCUUUAUGGCACGGGUAGGUGUGGCUUCAGCUCCUCUGAUCCUGCUCUUAGAGGAAGUUUGGACAAACCUCGCCCAAGUCGUCCUGUGCUCAAUUACUAUUUUAACCAGCCUAGUGGCCAGUUUUCUUCCGGAGACAAGGGGCAAGUGUCUUCCAGAAACCAUUGAGGAUAUUGAAGGGAAAAGGGAUGACCCUGUUGGAUCUCCAUCAGACGGAAGAAACAAAAUGAAUUAUGAAGAACCAACCUUCAUCUCAGACACAUGUACAGACUGAAGUGGAAUGUCUUCCUGCAUAAUGUCUUAGAAUUAUGGAUUAAUUUCCCUGUGAAAACAUUUGGGCUAAUUAAAACACAUUUGUAUGUAUAAGCCAUUUUUUUUUAUUUCAGGACAAAACCACCUUGAGUUAAAAACUUAGGUGUUUGGGUUUGUUCUUUUACUAGUCAAUAUUUACACUGUAAAUGGAUCACUUAAUCCUAUACAGUAAGUUAUUGUGCUAUGAA